AAAGUCCCACUUUUCAGACUCUUAUUGGCACCGAUCCAUUGCAUACGAACAGCACGGGGACCUGUGGCUCCAGCCAGGUGACAAGAGGCACAGCAGGGGCCAACAACUCAACAGGAACUUUUUGUCAGGACCUGAAGCAAUAGAACAGGGAGUAAUGGGUACAAAUUGAUGGAAGGGACAUUUAGGUUAGAUAUCAGGAAGAAAGAGUUCCUGUGAGGGUGGUGAGGCAUUAGAACAGGUUGCCCAGGGAGGCUGUGGAUGCUCCAACCCUGGCUGUGUUCAAAGCCAGGCUGGACAAGACCUUGAGCAACCUGGUAAAGUGGGAAGUGUCCCUGCCCUUGGCAGAGGGGGUUGGGCCUAGAUGAAUUUUAAGGUCCCUUCCAACCUCUCAACAUUCUAUGAUUCUACGACCCCAGACUACGCAGUCAAAGCCCAAGUAAUCCUCCAUUCAGGGUCGCCCCCUCUGAGGCUGUCUGGCCUUUUUCACUGAUAAGACACUGUUUCACAACCCCCUUCUCACUCUCCGAAACUCUAUGGGCAGAUGACCGUUUCUGACUCUCGAGAUGCCAGCGUUAGAAGCGCACAAACUCGGAGAAGCGAGCCCCAUCUGCUCACACACACAGCACGGUGUUUGCUGCGGCUCCGUGGUUCUCCUGAGGGCUCCGAGCCCGCGGCCGCCCGGGGGCCGGCGGGGCCCGGCCACAAGAUGGCGGCCGCCGCUGAGGGGGGCGCGCGGCUGCCUGAGGAGGCGCCGGGGCAGCGCAGCGGCCGCACCGUGGAGAGGCGGCAGAGCGGCGGGGACAUCGACACGGACAGCGAUGAGACUGUGGUGGAGGGCUCUGUGGCGGAGAGCGAUGUGGAGGAAGAGGAGUUCCGUAGGAGGAGGUUGGCUUUUCUUAACAAGGACAUUGCUUUAACAAAUGAGAUAAGUACUAAUAAAGGAGCUUUUUCUCCAGAAAUCUGUUUUAUACAGAAAUUUAGUGACCACACAUAUUAUCAUAAGGAAGAACAGAUAAAUCCACUACUUCAGGAGGCGUACACAUCUGAUCAGUCUCAGUCCCUACUGAAGGAUUGGAUAAACCACUCAUCACCCACUGAAAAUAUUUCUCAGCCUGGUUUUUCAUUAAAUUCCGCAGCAGAAGAACAGCAAAAUAAUUCUGCAGAUAUCAAAUUCAAUGGAAUUCAGAAGGAUUCAGAAGAAAAGCAGCCUGUAGGUGGUCAGCAGAGAGAGAAUGAAGACAUUUCAGAUUACUUGGAUACCACCUUUACUGAAAAACAAACUGGUGAGGGACAUUCGUAUUCAGUAGAGGCUGCAGCGUGUGCAGAAACAGCCCAGAUAACAUCAAGUAAAAUUCAGAAACCUACUUCUGAAGACAAGCAGGAUCUAGAAACCAUCAUGUGGCAAGAAAUAAUUCUGAAUGAGUACACAGAAGCUAAUCAGAGGAGAAGGAGCAAGAGAAUUGACAACAAACGGAGACGAGAAGCCUUUGUUAGGAACGCUGUAAAUCCAACUCGCCCCCUCUCACUUUCAACAAUCCACAGGAGGAAUGUGUAUGGUGAGAACUUGCUGCACAGAGCUGUUGCUCACCAAGACAUAAACCUUGUACGCAGGAUAAUAAAAGCCGGUGGAAAUGUAAAUGCUCAGGAUUAUGCUGGCUUGACUGCACUACAUAUAGCAAGUGUGGAAGGCUUUUAUGGGAUAGCAAAUCUGCUUUUGAAAGCAGGAGCUGAUGUUAACGCUACACAAAAGGAACAAAUAACACCCUUGCAAGAUGCAGUUAGAGAAGGCCAUUACGAGAUGGCGAACUUACUACUUUGGUAUGGAGCUGAUCCCUUAUUAAAAAAUCAGAUGGGAAGGUGUGCAUUAGAGGAAGCUUCUUACCCAUCUAUGAUGAAACUUCUUAAAAGUUAUGUAGCAAAAUCCAGAAGACACUCAGUAGCAGGUGGAGAUGAUUCAAAUAACAUGUUAAAUACUCAGUGUGUACAAGAUACAAACCAGCACCAGACAGAGAAUUCAGAAUCAGCAUGUGCAAAUCCUCAGGAGACAGGCCAAAAAGCAGAGGCAGCCUCAUAUUCCAAUAGCAGCAACAACAAGCUUUCAUCUAAUCAAUCACAAUUGAGUCAAGCAUCAAAACAGCAAACAUCUAAGAAGUCAGAAUCUACCAGGGAAGAAGCUGUAAUUGUACAUGGUACCUUUAAGACAAGAGCUGUGAAAAAAAUGAAAACCAGGAGAAAUCCAAAAGGGGAAACUCAGCUGCAUAUUGCUGCUAAGAGGGGAGAUUUGCCUUUGGUGAAGACUCUAAUAUCAUCUGGAAUUUCUGUCAAUGAACAGGACUAUGCAGGUUGGACAGCAAUUCAUGAAGCCUCCAGUAGAGGAUUUACUGAUGUGAUCUUAGAAUUACUGAAAGCAGGUGCUGAUGUUAACAGCAGAAGUCUCUGUGGUGUUUUACCAAUACACGAUGCCGUUUCUGGCAAUUAUUUGGAGGCAGUCAGGAUUCUGCUCCAGCAUGGAGCAAAUCCCAAUGAGAGGGAUGGUUCAGGACAAAGUGCUUUGGAUCAAGCUUGUGAUGAAGAAAUGAAAGAACUGCUGAAGUCGUAUGGUGCUAUGGCCUCUGUGCUUCCUGUUCAAACUGUUGAAGUUACUGAGGGGAAAUCAAAACGUCAUUGUUACGACUGCUGUAAAAAUGAUGAUGCAGCUUUGGAGGCACAAAAUGAGAAAUAUAGUGUGGAGUCUGUUGCUGCUGUACAAGAUACAGAAAAGAAGCAGAAAGAGCUGUUGCUAUUUGAGUUGAGAACGUCCAAAGAUGCAGAUGUUUAUAUCCAAAGGCUGUCUCAGAUACAAGAUACUUUGAAUGAAAUAAUUGCAAAUCAGAAAACAGAGAGGGAUGCCAUUGCUAAAAAAUACAGGGCUUCAGUGGAAUCAUUUAAAAGAGGUGCACUAAGGAAACAAUUAGUUAACCUUGCUUCUAGGCAAAAGAGCCUGUUGACUAUUGCCCAAAACCAGGAAAAAUUAGUGCAGAAAAUACAAAAUUACAGAAAAACAAAGCAAAUGUUCAAUUCAUCAUCAGAGAAGCAAGUCUCAAACUUAGUUAUUUUUCAGGGAAGUGAUACAAGACAAAGUUUAACUGGUGAUGAAAUCCUGUGUCCUAACGCAGUAACACUGAGUAUGGGGCUUGGUGCCAGCGCGCCUAAUGGAAGCAGAGUAGAAGCACAUGUUUCUUUGGAAGAUGGAGUUUCAGCUCAGGAACGCAUCCAGCAUCCACACAUCUGCUUGGAUGAGACAGCAGCAAGUAAAGAAGCAAUUACAAGCAAAAAGGCUUCUGAUCAUGCUUUGGCAUCUGGAAACAGGGGAAGAGAAUAUCCCCCUGACAACACGUCAAAGCUGACAAAUGCUGCAGAAGUGAUGACAUUGCCUUCAGAACCUGCUAUUUCCACUGCCAAAACAAAGUGCUCACAGCAAAAAUACAUUGAUUGUUUAGCAAUUGUAGGACAAAGAAACGGGUCUUUAAAUCUCACUUCAGUGACCAACACAUUAAAUAUUGUAGAACCCCGAAGCACUGUUGUCAAUAAGAAUGUCUGUCAGACAACCAGGGACUGCAGGCAGGUUCUUUCACAUGAGGGUCUGCACAGAAAUGUGAAUCAGAAAGAAGCUUUCCAGCAGCAGCCACAGCAAGCACCUGCAAAGAACUUCUCUAAUACUUCGCAGCAAAUGGUCUUUCAGAGUAGUGAGAAUUCAUUUAAUGCCAACCUGAUGCUUACUAAUCUUGCCUCAAAUACAAGCUCUCCAGCAAAUAUCAGUGAGAAAUCGUCACAGAGUUUUGGUAAUCAGGCAUGGGAACCAAAACAAAUGAGAUAUGGAUGGAAGAAUAAGAAAAAGCAUCAGCUGAUAGAUCUGCUUGAAUUGGGGUGGAUAAAGCCCGGAGAAAAUGUUUUAGAAUUCAAACUGCAGGAAUUUAGUCAUAAAGCUACACUCUUAAAGAAUGGCAAGAUCAGAACCAGUAAAGGACAAAUACUACAGAAUCCAGUUCAGUGGGUUAAAGAUCUACUAGGAAGUGAUAUUUCUGUGACAUGGAAGUAUGUGUGGAAUAAGGUUACAUAUCUUGGAACAGAACUGUCAAAAUUUAGUGUCGGUGAAGUGUCCGUUUCCAGUGACCUGGAGGUACCAACACAGAAAGGAAACCCUUUGGGCUCUUCUGUCCAGUUCAACUCAGUGGAAAGCCUGACACAUUUUCUUCAAUUCCAUGAGAUAGUAAUGGCACAUAGAGAGGAGUUUCUACCAUGCUGUGCAAUGGAAAAGCACUGGAAUUUCUACAAAGAAUGUAAAGAUUUUGGAUUCUAAAGACUUCUGGAAUGCUAAUACUUUUUUUCUUUGCCAUCACUUAAAAGUAAACAUUUGAGCUUUUAGAAUUAAGUACUUUGCUACUGUCACUUUGAUAAAUCAUUUGUCCACCACUUGGCAUGAUGGAAAGAUUGUUUGGGUAAGUAAGGAACAGGGAAGUAGCAGGCAAGGAUGUGCUGCAAGAUUAAGAAAUGAGGAAGUAGGUAGGACUUAACACAGUGAUGUUCAUUGUGAGUUAUAUUCCAGGUUCAUUAUUUGGCAUAAAUUUUUAAGUUUCAAUUCAAGAUUAAAGUAACUGCCCCAGCUUGAUGGGGCAGGACACAAACAGACAGGUAUCAACACUCACAGUCACUUCUUACACCUAAACCUGGAACUGCUGUGGCUGAACAUGUGCUAUCAGAAAUAGCAGUGCAUGUUUGCAUAAUAACAUAAACUGUUAGCUGAGGCAAAAAAUCAAGAUGAGCAGCCUUGAAAAUCAGCAGCAGCUUUGCUUUAUUUGGCAUAUUAUAUAUACAUAUAAAUAUAUAAACAUAAACAUUUGAGAAGGGGGGCAGGUUAAAAGAGGAAUCUUAGCUAUUGGAAGUGCUCAGGAAAAUUCCAUUCGUGUUCCAGCCAAAUCUCUCUGGUAAGCAGAAAAUGUGCUGGCAUAUGACAGGAAAAUGACAGGAAAUGCAAUUAUCCUGUUUGUGGAACAUGAUUUUUUCCAGGUAACAGCAUCUUAGAUAUUCAUUCCAGUCUCUGGGGGAUUUCUAUUUGUUUUAAUUUUACAAUGUUUGGAUCAGCUUUAGCAGAUUAUUUGUAACACAUUGACUGUGAAGACAGUUAUCUGCAUUCAAGUGGUAUUCUUGCUCUUUCAUUCUUUGGAUUAUAAGAAGAGAUGGAAUAAUAGUACCUGCUACUCCCAACUCCAGUGAAUAGGAUGAGAAGUAUCUCCUGUUAAUACAUAAAGUCAGCAAGCUAUUUGGAGUGUGAAUACCUCUUCUGCAAAGAUCUGAUUAGCGUCUUAAACAGAAGUUGGUUUAGAGAAGUGAGAGGGGUCUAAUGUACAGAGAGCUAGUGCUGUGCCCUAGGAUACAUGAGCAAUCAUAGCCUGAUGGGCUGUAAGAAUAAAGAAAUGCCAAUUGCCUGCAAGUCAAAAAAGGUAAAAGCUGCUGAGUGACAAGUAUUUUGUAACGUCAGUUUCACAAAGAAAGAAAAUGGAGCAUUCUCACAACUGCAGAAGCAAAACAAACCUGAAGGCAUAUUGUUUCAAAGGAAGUGCUCAUGCAAAACUGCACUUUCACUGAAAAGUAAGAGGUAUUUUACUGUUGAAAUGACCUCUGAAUUACAUGUUUGUUUGACAUUUUUUCUUUUGUUGCAAGAUGUCUAAUAAAAUUAAUGUACAAAACCUG